UCAAAAGAAUCCGAAAUGCAGUACUUGGGUGCAAUCUCAAAAGCCUACAGAACUGACCAUAAACAGUCACUAGAAACAGCACCCAGGACUAUCUUCCAGAGAGUCCUGGAUAUCUUAAAGAAAUCUUCUCAUGCUGUUGAGCUGGCCUGCAGAGAUCCAUCCCAAGUGGAACAUCUGGCUUCCAGUCUGCAGCUGAUAACGGAAUGCUUCCGGUGUCUCCGGAAUGCCUGUAUCGAGUGUUCUGUGAACCAGAAUUCAAUCAGGAACUUGGGUACAAUUGGCGUUGCUGUUGACUUGAUUCUUCUCUUUCGUGAACUGCGAGUGGAACAGGACUCCCUGUUGACAGCAUUUCGCUGUGGCCUGCAGUUUCUAGGGAACAUCGCCUCACGGAAUGAAGACUCCCAGUCUGUUGUUUGGAUGCAUGCAUUCCCAGAGCUCUUCUUAUCUUGCCUAAAUCAUCCAGACAGAAAAAUUGUUGCCUACUCGUCAAUGAUUUUGUUCACGUCCCUGAAUUCUGAAAGAAUGAAGGAGCUGGAAGAAAACCUCAACAUUGCGAUUGAUGUCGUGGAAGCUCACCGGAAGCAGCCUGAGUCGGAGUGGCCGUUCUUGAUUAUUACAGACCAUUUUCUGAAGAGCCCGGAAUUGGUUAAAGCCAUGUAUGCCAAAAUGAGCAAUCAAGAAAGGGUUACAUUGUUAGACCUUAUGAUCGCCAAAAUCGUGGGCGAUGAGCCACUGACCAAGGAUGACGCCCCUGUGUUUUUGAGCCAUGCUGAGUUGAUCGCGAGCACUUUUGUGGAUCAGUGCAAGAUUGUGCUGAAACUGACCUCUGAACAGCACGCUGACGAUGAGGAGGCACUGGCUACAAUUAGACUUCUUGAUGUCCUUUGCGAAAUGACCGCUAAUACUGACCUGCUCGGCUACCUGCAGGUUUUUCCUGGCUUGUUGGAGAGAGUGAUUGAUCUUCUACGCCUGAUUCACGUGGCCGGCAAUGACUCCACAAACAUCUUCAGCACUUGUGCUUCCAUUAAAGCAGAAGGUGAUGUCUCCAACGUGGCUGAGGGCUUCAAGUCUCACCUCAUUCGCCUGAUUGGGAAUCUGUGCUACAAGAAUAAAGAUAACCAAGACAAGGUGAAUGAGCUGGAUGGCAUCCCCCUGAUCCUCGACAGCUGUGGCCUCGACGACAGCAACCCCUUUCUAACCCAGUGGGUGGUGUACGCCAUCCGAAACCUCACGGAAGACAACAGCCAAAACCAAGACCUGAUUGCGAAGAUGGAGGAGCAGGGUCUGGCAGACGCAUCCCUGCUUAAGAAAAUGGGGUUUGAAGUUGAAAAGAGGGGUGACAAGCUGAUUCUGAAGUCGACUAAUGAUACACCUCAGCUGUGAAUGAACUCUCCAUCCAAAAAUAUCUGAAUGUUUGGAAUCUGUUUCCUGGAUCUUUCGCAGUAUGUGAAAUCGCAAGUGUUUGAAGAUUUUAUUACGUACACGUUCAAGAAUCUGUGAAUCUUCUAGAUAAUAGAGUUAAAUGCGUAUAAGCUUAAAAGUGAAAGUGCUUGAGUGUCCUGUUGAUUCUUUGCUUUAAAAAUGUAGCUGUCUGGUUUGCUUCUGUCCCCGUGGAAUACAAUGUGCGUUUAAGUGAUAGAUUGUACUUACUGUGGCUGCAGAUAAUAAAUUCCUCUUGCUGAGCGCAUGUCCCUUCUUUGGCAAAGACUUGGAGGUUUGCUCAGGUCCACUCGCUCCCUCCCUUCUUUGUCUCCUCUUGUGGCGUUUUCUGGGCUCUGGCAGGCAGCUGAAGUAGUUUCUCACUGUGAUUAAUUCUAGCAAUCGCUUUUCACCCCUUCUGCCUUUCCAAAACAUUGACAAGACUCAUUUCCAGUUAAUUAAUUCGAGAGAUGGCGAAGAAUAGAGGGCUCUCGCUCUUCACUUCAGGUCCUGGGCGCUGUUGUCACUGAGCCCUGUCCCUCUGGAAUGUGCGGGAGCCAGCGAGUGAGGGGACAUGUGGGCCAUUAACUCUUCCCAUUCCAGAUCACCCUGGACCUAGGCGUCCCCAGGCCCCCGAGGCUUACCAGCCAGUGCCUGCGUCAGGCACUGCCCUGGCUGUAAGCGGGAAGGAAGAUCUCACGGUUGUCUGUGUGUGCAGAACCUCAGCAUUAAAGGUUCAUCCGGGGCUUCCUCAGUUUAAAAAGCAUGGGUCUCGGGAAGGCACCGCUCAGCUUUGGCCGGGGCAAUGGAACUGCACAAGUAGCUUGGGGGAACGGGCAUCUUGACCCGUGUGUGUCGGUGUGCACACACUCAGAGGUAGCUCUGGAUCGAACGAGCACUGCAGUCUUUGUAACCACCCAGCUCACUAAUGUAAUCAGCAAGUGCUCGGGGCGGGUCACCUUGUGGAUGCUUAACAUGUGUUGUCUUCUGGAACAGCUGUGUUACUGAGCUGAACCAUCACGUGAAACCUUGCAUGGUUCCUGUUGAACCUUCUGAAAUGAAAAUGGCUAAGACCCAACCAGAAGUUUUCCAGAAAUACUGAUUGUUCCAAAGUAAAGUGCUCCUAAGUUUUUGUAGCUGUGCUUAAAUUGCUUUGUAGGGAAAAAAAAAAACCAGCUAAAGCAUGUUAAGAAUGAAAUAAAAGUUUUCCCACGUGUA